AUGACUGAAGUUCUUUGUAAAAAGAGUUCUCAGUUCUCUCGGUUCCUUUCCCAUGUGCGGGGAUAUCGCAACAACAACGAAAACAGCAUAGAACAGGAUACGGCGCACCAGGAGCAUCAGCAUCGGCAACAAAUGCAGGCAGCAGACAGGAUAGCGGCGGGCACCAGCUCUAGCUCUGGCCUCAGCGGGAACACGUCCACAUCCGCAUCUACAUCCACAUCCACAUCCAAGACGAGAGCAGGAACAACGUCGUUAAUCUAUUUACCGCCUUUCUGCUAUCCAUGUAAGCAUGUGCCUGCGGCCGGCAGCCAGUGUCGGAGUCAGACCCAUAGCCGUAGCCAUUGCCAGACGAGGAGCGAUAGCAGGAGGAGCUGCCACGGCAGCUGCUGUUGUCAGCAUUACUGGGAAUAUAAAAAUUAUGAUAAACAUGCUUCAGCGUCGGGUUUGACACCAGCUACAGACACAGACACAGACACAGCCUCAGCCACAGCCAGAACCACAGCAACGGGAACGGCAACAAUGUCCUCCUUCUCUGCACCGUCACCGACAAGAACCGGGAAAUUCCUCCAGCAGCAGCAGCAGGAGGAGCACCAUGGUUGCACCGAUCUCAGACAGACGUUGCAAUUAGUUGUGCCAACUGUUGUGGGUGGUGGCAGCAGAGCCCUGGAAUGUGGCAAGCACAGGCAGCUGGAACCCGCGGCGGCGGCGGCAGCGACGGCGUCGGACCAGCGAUGCUGGCGACGUGAGCGAAUGCGACGCGAAAGACCAAGUCAUGCGUCUGCAGCCACACUGGCCAAGGUAAAUCCAAUCAGCAGAGCAGCAGCAACAACAUUGAGGGAAUACAAUUCGCAAGCAACGACCAGCACAGAGGUGGCCACGGUGCCACGGUGGGCCACAACUGGCGCAGAGCUGCCGCACGAUGAAGACGCCGCAGCAGGAGCGGCAGCGGCAGCAUCUACUCCUGCUGCUGAUGAUGAUGAUAAGGAGGAGCAGGCUAAGGAGGAGAAUGACUAUGAGUAUGAUGAAUGUAGGUGCUUUAACUAUAACGGUGAUAUUAGUCUGGAGCGAGAGAAGGAACAACAGCAACAGCAGCAGCAGCAGCAGAAUGGAGAGCCCCAGCAACUUGCCAGCAGCAGCGGUAGCAGCAGCAUUACGUGGCUGAUAUUCCUGUGGCAGCAGCUGGUCUUGCAGGCAAACAAAGCCUCAUCCGACUCGCGCACCCACUCCAAGUGGGCCGCCAGGACAACGACGAGGAGCAACAGCAUGACAUCGACAAAAAGUUGGCUUGGCCCGCUGCUAAUGCUGGUGCUGGCCACGUCCGUCAGUGGCUGGGGCGGCCGACAAGAUGCUCCCACAAAUUGCACAUUUCCGGCUCGAUGGGAGGGAUCCUGGUUCCUGUCCGGCUAUCAGCAGUCGAUACACAUCAAGGGAUCGCAGUUCAGCUACCGCGGCAGGUGUACGGCCUACGAUGGUAACAAAUAUCUGAUUGUCGAUGAGAAAGGAUGUCAUCGUUGCCUGGUAAUCUAUGAGAAGCAUACGAAUGUGCUCCAGUAUAAAGAAAACUUUUGCAAGGGCCGUGAGACUUUACAGAAUCUCUGCGACCAAAUACCUGGCGAUGCCCUGCUGUACUCCCUCUUCCGGGAGAGCGCCGAGCCGGUCAAGUGUCCGCUCAAGGGACCCUUCAUAUUCACAUACAACCGGGGCCAUGGGGAGUGCAAGUCGCCAGUGUCCAACAUUGAGAGCUGCACGGAGGAGAGUCGCCUCCUGCUGAGCUUCCAGGCCUGUCCCGAUGUCCUCGGGACCGAGAGUACAGUUGAGGAACUGACGUGUCUGGCGACCUGGAAGGAUGGCAACUCACGCUAUUUGGUUGGCCUGGUCUCGCACCAUCAUGCCAUCUCGAACGAGGAACGAUAUCGCUGCUUUGUCUAUGAGAAAAUCUCCGCGCUGAUGGGUAAUGGCGGUCCCAGCAUGCUCAGCUCAAAGGAUGCCGAGUAUAAGCUGGCACAAUCCGGCGACGCCACUUGCAAUGGCUUAGACAGUGCCGAGGUUGGCUCCCGCAUCAUGUCCCUGCGAAAACCGCCGGUGGCGGAGCGCUGUGACUUCCCAGCCUGGUUCAAGGGUCCCCGUCACUGGCAUGCACUUAUGGGCUAUGCCGUCUACAAUUAUCACCCCAAUGAUGGGUCCGUGCACAUUAUUAAGCCCAACGGCUAUAUGGAGACACGUGCGCUCUGCGAGCAGAUAAAUAAACAGACCUCAACCGAAAUGAUGGCCGUGGUGCAUUACACGACCGGGUGUCAAUCAGGAUUCAUGUGCAUGAUGUUCUACCGCCGGGACACGCACGUCAUUGAAAUACAGACGGGCAAGCCGGCCGUUCGCCUGGAGGAUGCCUGUGCACCGGAUCACUUUGAUAUUAAUAAGAUGGCCUACAUUACCUUGCUGGCAAGCAAUCCGGAACCGGCGAUUUGCCCAAUGGAGGGACUGUACAACCUGCGCGGCGCCAUCGGGCCGCCGUAUUUGGCCACGCGCCACAAGCGCAAUCACAACGGCAAAUCGCACCUGGGACACGGACAUCAUCACCACGAGAGUGCAGACACGGGAACUUUUGGUCAUAAAGGACGCAGCACGCUCAGCUUUCGGAAUGCCGAACACAUGGAGCGUGGCUCAUGGCAUGCCAAUACUCGCGGUCUUCCCGUACGCAGUCGACGCAGUGCGCCCCAGGAUCCGCAGCAGCAGCAGCAGGCGCUAGUACUGGGCAACGUGAAUAGUAACGACACGAGUGUGGGAUUUGUGGCCACGCGGAAUCGGCGCGAUGUCCCGGGCUGUGUGCCUAACUACAAUGCCCAACGGCAGCUUUGGGUAGGAUGCAGUAAACCCAACUCGAUCGACGUUAGUCCGCUGUGCAGUGUGGAGGGUGAAGAGGAGUACUCCUGUCACGGCUCCUGGAGCGAGAAUAGUACGUUCUUCAUCAUAGCACGCCACAAGGGCAGCAAGCACGGCGUCUGUCUGACCUAUCGGCCAACGGAGGGCACCUCAGCCAAGCUGGUUGUAGGCGAUGCCUGCUACCGAGGCACACAGAAGCCACCCGAUCACCAUUUGGUGGCCAAUCUGUCAGUCUUUGGCAAAUGCGGCGAAACGGGCUCGAGUGCAGGUGAUGCUCAGCUGGGCAACUGGCUCCUGCUGCUGACAAUGGCCACGCUCCAAUGGCUCUACCUGCGCAGCUGAGUUGCAAGCGGUGGCAAACAACAAACUGCACCACAAUUCUAAAUAAGCACAUAAGCAUUACAGGCCACAGCGCUGUGUAUGCAUUUACUAAAACCCCAAAACCAAAUCCCAUUAUGAUCGACAUGUAUACAAGACACAUUUAAGACUUAUUGUAUAUUUCAUGUAGUAUGUGUAAGGCGUAAUCGAACCACUCCCAGACUCCAGACUGGUUUGGCUGUAAAUAAUGUAUUGUUUUUAUUUUUCUUUACUGAUGAACACACACUUUUGUUUAGUUCUAAGUGCUUAAAAUAAACAAGAAUUCGAUAUA